CAGUUCUGAUCAUGGUAAAGCCAAGCCAAAGACAGACCCAGUCAGCAACAGAAAGCAGGAGUGGGCGCAGCUGAAACACUGCCUGGCCCGGUGGGAGAUGUCGGCAAAGAGUUUGGGGGCUGCGCGUCGCAGGAGGACGCGCUGCCGAAAGUGCGAUUCCUGUGUGCGCACGGAGUGUGGGGAGUGUCACUUCUGUAAAGACAUGAAGAAAUUUGGUGGCCCCGGGCGCAUGAAGCAGUCGUGUCUGAAGAGACAGUGCACGGCGCCCGUGCUCCCACACACAGCCGUGUGCCUUCUCUGUGGGGAUGCAGGGAAGGAAGACACUGCGCAGGAGGAGGAGCAGAAGUUCAACCUGUCUCUAAUGGAAUGUACCAUCUGCAAUGAGAUUGUCCACCCCGGCUGUAUCAAGAUGGGGAAGAGCGAAGCCGUCAUUAACACAGAGAUUCCAAACUGCUGGGAGUGUCCGAAAUGUAAGCGAGAAGGGCGCACAAGCAAGGACUCUCUGGACAGUUCAGGCAAGCGGCGUUUGGACAACGGGGAAGAUGCCGUGCGGUGGAAACUGACUGAUGAUCCGGCCCCCGGCAAAAAAAAAUCCUCGGAUGAAAAUGCAGGGCACAAGAGAAAGAAAGAGCAGGGGCCACAGUCUGAAACGGGAGUCAAGAAGAAGGUGAAAGCAGAGAAGGACAAGAAAGUGAAAAAGAUUGAGCCGCCGGUCCCAGCGGAUCCCGUUCCACCUCCAGAUCGUUCCCACCAGAGGGAGAAGAUUGAGCGCUUCAAGCAGAUGUGCCAGAUGCUGGAGAGAGCGCGCAGCAGCACCUCAAGUUCCAGUUCUGAUUCCGACUCUGAUUCCGACUCCAAGGGCUCCAGGGGCAGCAGUGAUACUGGUGGGGACGGGGGGGAAUCGAGGAUAAGCUUCAGCACCAGCUCAGAGGAGGAAGAGGAAGAAGGGGGCACGGGGGAUGGACGCAAUGGGACCCGAAAUGGCAAACCGAAGCCACCGCGGGCUAACUGGAGGGAAAAAGAGAACAGAAGAGGUGGUGGGGUGGGCAACAACAGGAAGGGCAUUACAGGAAGGAACACUGGGCAAGCGAUUUCACGGACUCAAUUGCUAAAGAGGCCUCUGGUCCCUUCUCCCCCUAAACCGGCUCCCCCUCAACUUGAAAGGCAUGUGGUUCGACCCCCUCCUCACAGCCCCGAGCCGGACUCCCUACCUCUUGACGGCGGGACAGACCAUGUGAUGCAAAGGGGGGUCUGGCUUUCUGUGUUCAGGCACUUGGGACAGAAAGAGCUGUGCGUCUGUAUGCGGGUGUGCCGGACCUGGAACCGCUGGUGCUGUGACCGCCGUCUGUGGACAUCCAUUGACUUGAGCCGACGAAAAUCAAUCACUCCUCCUAUGCUAAGUGGUAUAGUCCGCCGGCAGCCAAUCAGACUCGACUUGAGUUGGACCAACAUAUCAGAAAAGCAGCUGACCUGGUUAAUCCAUCGACUCCAAGGAUUAAAGGAGUUGUUGGUGUGCGGCUGCACUUGGAGCGCAGUUUCGUCACUCUGUACGGCCUCCUUCCCAUGUCUGUCCCUGCUGGAUCUGGGCUGGGUGCAGGGAAUGAAAACCUCCCACCUCCGUGAGCUGCUCUCCCCCCCAUCCUCUGACUGUAGAACAGUUGUACCAGAUCCUCUGGGUCGGCUCCCCUCCCUAUCUGAGCUGCGUCUUUGUGGCCUGGAGAUUGGAGACUCCGCCCUACGUCUGCUGCUCCGCCAUACGCCGCGGCUCCAUCGCUUGGACUUGAGUCACUGUGUGCAGCUCACUGACCAUGGGAUCCAUAUACUGACUGCAGCCUCCACCCUGAGGGACAGCCUCACACACCUCAACCUCACAGGGUGUCACCGCCUGACGGACCAAUCCCUGGCCUUUUUUAAGCGCUGCCCCCACUUGCAGCUUGUGGAUCCGGGAGACGGCCUUCUGGAUAAGGGUUUC